AGUCGAUUUCAAUACAGAUAAUUUAAAUGUUUGUUUAGAGACACACAAUGGAUGCGCCCAUUGGCAUUGAUUAGUAGAUUUCCUUUGAUUGACGGACUAAAUUAGCCAAACAUAUUUUUCUUCCCCCAGAAGCACCAUAGAUUGUGAGGACAUGGUUAAAUAACGAUGCAAUAGAUAUUUGAUGAUGUGACAUGCUCGCAAUGGAUGGCGGGCAUUCGACAAAGAAGCGUGGCUUCUGCUUCAUGCUCGUCCGCAGUCGUAUAGGACAGCUGAUUCUGGGACUGCUGGCCAUCUUUGUUCUCUCAACCUUCAUAUCGCACUACUACAUUUCAAACUUUGGGGCUGAUGGCGAACUAGGGUACAGGUCAAGGUCAACAAAAAAUCACCCAGAAGAUGCUGACCUUGACAGAGUUCAAUGUCACGAGUUGAAAGGUCAGAUAACGGAGCUUCGUAGAAUUCGUGGGUCUGUAAACAAUGAACUCCGGGAGCUAGAAAGCAAGCGGUUGAGUUUGCAGACGGAAAUCACAAAAGUCAAAACUCACCUGGAAGCGUUAAGGAUCGAACAAGAGAAUAUUGAGAAGAAUAUCAAGCAGUUGACGUUGAACCUGGAUCAGCUGAAAGUAGAAGUGGACGAAUUUUCUAAUGGUGACCAGCAGAUUUUGAAGGCGCCAUUACGAUUUAUACCGUCAUCAAUAAGAAUUAAGGCAAAAUCAGGGACUGAGAAUGACCAGUUUCACAUUUGUUUGAUGUUCACAUGUUUCGACUUCUCCAGGUGUUCACUGCUGUCACCAUUCCUUGUUUAUGUGUAUGGUUUGAAUAGCCAUUUUACUGACAGCAAUUUAAAUGACUUUAUUAAAUCUUCCGUUUAUCAGGCUUUUGAUGGAAAUGCUCAUAUCACUUCUUCCCCUGAGACAGCCUGUGUUUACGUUGCCAUUUUUGGCGAAAUAUUUUCUGAAGAGUCCCCAGAAACAAUUCAAAAUAAGAUCAACUCCCUUCGGUACUGGAAUGGGGAUGGUCUAAAUCACGUACUCAUUAAUCUAGCAAGGUCUAGAUCUAAUGUGGAUCUAUUCCAUGGUGUUAAAACAGGCAGGGCUAUAAUUGUGCAAUCUUCUUUUGUUGAAACCGGUUUUCGCAGACAGUUUGAUAUUGUUGUACCACCGUUGCUGGGUAAUUCUGAUGGAGAAGUGUGGGCAGAAUUGCCUCCCUUGAAUCCAAUAAGGAGGAAUUAUUUACUUUCAUUUUCUGGACAGUUUAAAGAUAAUGCAAAUAGUAUAGCAGCAGUUCAUAAUAAUGAUAUUAAAAAGGCAGGUCCACAGAAUUACCAGUCUCGUACCUUACAGGCUGCGUUACAUGUUCCAAUAUUAAACUCAAGUGUAAAACAUGUUCAAAAUGAACUUGAAGACUUAGAAUCAAGUAUAGUGCAGCAACUUAAACUUUUUGAAAGUGAAGGUACAGAAAAACUCAGUUUUAAUUUUAUGUGUGAGUCAGGGCAUGAAACGGUCGGCAUCAACGGAGAAUGGUUACUCUGUGGGAAUGAAAAUGAUAGAGCGAACAUUUUGAAACAGUCAACAUUCAGCCUAAUUAUUGCUCCAGCAAAUUAUACAAUUAUCUCGACGACAGUGUUUCAGGCGAGACUUUACGAAUCUCUCAAGUCUGGUGCUAUUCCAGUCAUACUCGGGGACUAUGCUGAACUGCCAUUCAGCGAAUUGCUGGAUUGGUCAAAGGCGGUCAUCAUUCUACCUAAGCAGAGAGUCACAGAGCUGUAUUACCUGCUAAGAACCCUGUCCAAUGUUGACAUGAUGGAGUUUAAGAGGAAUGGACGCAGGUUUUGGGAAACGUAUUUCGGGACCAGUAAGAGCGUCGUGACAACCAUGCUGGCUGUCGUGAGGACUCGACUCAACAUUCCCGCGCCACCGGUACGUGAGGAGCCAUCACCAACCGCCGUCAGUAACUUCAUUCCAGUGCCACAGAAUUUGGCCCCAGACCCAGACGAGGUGACAGACGAAGUUCUGGGCCCCGUGGAGCCUCCGUUCCCCUCCCAGACCUUCAAACAAAACUACACUGUCUGGACCCUGCGAGACCCCUUCAACAUGCCCGGGGACCCCUUCCAUCUAUUCCCCUUCCUGCCCUUCGAAAAGUUCCUGCCUUCAGAUUCCAAGUUCUUUGGUGCUGGGUCGGGGUAUCGACCAAUCAACAAAGGGGAGGGUGGAUCUGGCAAGGAGUUCUCGGAGUCCAUUGGUGGAAACCAUCCGAGGGAACAGUUCACAAUUGUAAUGUUGACAUACGAGCGUUCUGAUGUCCUGAUCAAGGCUGUGACGCGUCUGAAAGGUUUGCCACACCUCAACAAGGUGAUCGUUGUCUGGAACAACCCAACAGUGCCCUCCGAAAACCUCGGCUGGCCAGAAAUUGGGGUCCCAGUUGUGGUGGUCAAAAUGGCAAAGAACAGCCUUAACAACCGAUUCCUACCCUUCGAGGACAUACAGACAGAAGCAGUACUGAGUAUUGAUGAUGAUUCGCACCUCAGACACGAUGAGAUUGUCUUUGGAUUCAGGGUCUGGCGUGAGGAGAGGGAUCGUAUUGUGGGUUUUCCAGGCCGCUACCACGCCUGGGACCCCCGCCAUGGGGGCUGGCACUACAACUCCAACUACACCUGUGAGAUGUCAAUGGUCAUCACCGGUGCCGCGUUCUUUCACAAGUACUACUCCUACCUGUACAGUUACACAAUGGCGGCGGCAAUACGGGAGAAAGUGGAUGAGUAUAUGAACUGUGAGGACAUCGCUAUGAACUUUCUUGUGUCCCACAUUACAAGGAAACCCCCUGUCAAGGUGACCUCUCGCUGGACAUUCCGGUGCCCCGGUUGCCCACAACAACUCGCCCUGGAUGAGUCACACUUCAGCGAGCGGCACAAGUGCAUCAACUACUUUGUUGAGAUCUAUGGCUACAUGCCACUAUUAUAUACUCAGUAUAGGGCCGAUUCCAUAUUGUUUAAGACACGAAUUUCACAUGAUAAGCAAAAAUGCUUUAAGUUUAUUUAGCCUGUAUAAGUUUUUUUUAGCUUCACUGAGUACCUCAUUAUCUUCAUCAGCUUUUGUUAUCUUCUUUAUGUCAGUCGUGUGUUGAAUGUCGUUCGUCGUAAAUUGGCCUUGUGAACACUCUAGACACUGUAUGUAUUGCCCAAUCUUCAUACACUUGGUUAGGAUAUUUUUCCAAUGUUAUCUUGGCAGAGUUUAAAACUGGGUAAUGUAGUUAAAAAACUGGGUCAUAAUUAAAGAUAUAAGAACAUGUUUGUGAACACUCAAGAGUCCACAUUUGUUGGGUUGUCUUGAUGAAACUUUGUCAAAACAUUUCACCAAUUUAUAUAUAUCGGCUCAGUUUGAAACUUGGUCCCAUGUAUUGUAAACCUAGGUCAAAUUAUAGGUUGUGGACAGUCUAGAGUCCUCAUUUGUUGCGUAAUCUUAAUGAAACUUUGUCACAACAUUCCUCCCAUCAAUAUCUUGGCUCAGUUCAAAACUGGGUCACAUUAUAGGUUGCAGACACCCUAGAGGCAACAUUUAUUGCACAAUCGUUAGGAAACUUUGUCCAAGCAAAGAGUAAGAUAUGGCAUUGGUACAUAGAAAAACAAGGGCGCCAUGAAGCAAGCAUAUUUCAAUUGUGGCUUUCGUAAAACCUUUUAUUGUAUAAUUCUAGAAGUUACCAUUUUGACAUACUCAUAAAAGCUGCUCAGAACAUUAAAAAAUUGUGUUGUUUUAAAAUCUUUGCUGAGUAGGAAAAUGUUCAAAAACAUUGCGUUAAAGAAUUUGGGCAGUAUUCCUUUUGUGUGGUUCGUGAACAUUUUCUGUUUAAAUGCUUUGUGCCAUGUGUUUUCAGGUAAGAUAUUCUCUUGUAAUUGUAUAAAAGUUAGUAUUAAGGUAAUUUAUUCAGUGAAAUUUUAUAUGUUUAAAUGUCACUAUUAUAUACUCAGUAUACGGAAGGUGGGGAAGUUUCCAUUUCUUUUAUAAACAAAUGUAGAAUUAUUUGCAAAAAAUACUUCCAAGUUUUAAUGAGCAUGUUUAGUUGUUAUUAAUUUAACUUGAUUAAGUAUAGUUAUAAAUGUUUUGUACAAUUUCAUGGUAAAAUUGUUAUUAAUGUAUACUAAAUAUGGCUUUCAUAUUGUUUAAUGUAAAUAUUUGAUAAAUAGCAAAAAUGCUUCAAAUUUGUGAAGCUGUUUUCGUUUAAUGUAUUAAACAUGACGUUACAAAUUAUAUAUAUGUAAUUCUGUAGCCGUGUUUAAGUUGUAUUGUAUUAUGGUAUAGCAUAUUUGAAAUUAGUUUCAGUAAGGUGCUUUGUUUUUUUAUUGUGUCAUGUGUUAGUAUGAUAUUCAAAGCAUAAAUGUGCUUAUUAUCCCCUACCGGUUUCACCGGAGGAGACUUAUGGUUUGCGCUCUGCGUCUGUGAGUCUGUCUGUCUGUCUGUCUGUCACACUUUUCUGGAUCCUGCGAUAACUUAAAAGGUUCUUCAUAUAUUUUCAUGAAACUUGAAACAUGGAUAGAUGGCAAUAUGGACAUUAUGCAUGUCAUUUCAUUUUGUUCCUACGUCAAAAACUAUGGUUGCUAUGGCAACAAAUAAACUAGAAAUACUGCGGAAAAAGGUGGGUUUUUUUAUCCUGCGAUAACUUUAAAAGUUCUUCAUAUUUUUUCAUGAAACUUGAAACAUGGAUAGAUUGCAAUAUGGACAUUAUGCACGUCAUUUCAUUUUGUUCCUAUGUCAAAAAUUCUGGUUGCUGUGGCAACAAAUAUAUAACAAAAAUCUGACAAUGGUGGAAUUUCUGACAAUGGUGGAGCCGGUAAGGGACAUAUAUUGCAUGGCAAUUAAUUGUCUUUUUUUUUUGUAAAUAUAAGUUUUAAAUGUGAAUAUUCUGUUUUCUUCGGAAUUUUUUUUUAUACAUACUUAUUGUGUUGAUGUUAUGUCAAAAUUACCAUCUUAUGUGAUGCUUACCAAAACAUGAAACAAAAAAGUAUAACUUAAGGUAUUUUUUAUAACCUUAAUUUCUCCCAGCGAAAUGCUUAGUCAGUGUUACUUUAACCCUUUCUCUAUUAGAAGCAAAGUGAAAAUGGCUGUAUAUGCAAACAGUAUAAAACCAGAACAGCCUGUGAGUCACUCAUAGUCUGUUCAGGUUUGAUGCUGGUUGCUGCUCAUCAGUAUCUUAGAGUUGAAAAUGAAGCCUUUAUACUUUGAAUCUAGUUAGGAAGGUCUAUUAUUUGAUUUUCAAAGGGACUACAAGUGUGUCAACAUGCAUAUCUGAACGAUGAAGUGUUUACAGUGAUUAUUUCUUUAUGUCUAGAACUAUUCACUCAUUCACUGAGUAAUUUGAGUUUUUUGUUUUCAUGCAGUUUUUUAGGAAUUUUUACUUUUAUUGUAUUUAAUGUGAUGAUGUAAAUAUUCACUGUGAUUUUUCCCCUAAUUAUACAUUGUUGUAUUUUUUCACGUCGUGUUGCAUAUUUUCAACACAACAUUUUUUCAUUCAUUGGAUAUCAUGAUAUUAUUAUGUAUUUUAAAUCAGGUUUAUGUGUUGUCAUCCUUUAUUGUUCAGAAUUUUAAAUUCUAUUUUUUGAAACAAAGUAGUGUAUAUGUGAAAAAACACUUUAAAUGCUGUUCUUAAUUUCAAUUUAAUCCUUUUCAGUUGUUUGAGUUUAAGUCUUGAAUGCUUAUCACAUUAAGAAGUUUAUGUCUGAGACAUUACCUUUAUACUUAGGUAUAUUAAACUUGAAGCACAUUGUAUACAUGUGCCAUAUAAUUCUUAUUCAAUGUGUUAAUUAUCUUAAUCUUUUGUAUAACAUGUGUAGAAAUGUGUAGCAAAUAUGUUUUUCGUCAAAAAUAAACAUGCCAAAGAAA